UAACAGAACAAACACAGUUGUCAUAACUUCCCUUCCUUUUCUUGCACUUCAAUUCUUCUACAUUUUUCCCGAAAUCCCUCUUUCAAUCACAAUUUAGUUGCUUCCAUCACCGAGAGAAACAACAACUCAUGACUAAGCCUGCUGAUGCCGAAGAGCCGCCGCCGCCCGCCGCCGAUGCGGAGAGCCAGAGUGCGCCGGCGGCUGCUGCCGGCGGAUUCUCCAACAUCAUCCAGCGGUGGCGGCGCGAAGGUAUUGUGAAGAGAGGCUGUGUGGCUUUUCGAGCCUUCGCUUUACUCUUCUCCUUGCUCGCUUUCAUUAUCAUGGCCACCAAUCAACACGGCGACGGCAGAAAAUUUGACCAAUAUGAAGAAUACAGGUAUGUGUUGGCGAUUGCAAUUCUGUCUGCUUUAUACACCGGAUUUCAAACAGGGAGGCAUAUUCAUGAAAUUCACACAAACAAAGAGAUCAUUUCACGGAAGAAUGCUUCAAUCUUUGAUUUUAUUGGUGAUCAGAUUGUGGCGUACUUGUUGCUGUCUGCAGCUUCAGCAGCAGUACCUUUGACAAACAACAUGCGUCGAGGAGGAGAUAACAUAUUCACAGAUUCCUCAGCAGCAGCGAUCAGUAUGGCAUUCUUCGCAUUCUUUUCACUAGGUUUGUCGGCUCUCAUCUCCGGAUACAAGCUCUCUAAUCAAACUUACAUCUGACCAGCCUCAACAUUUGUUACAGAGUCUUUGUAUUGCUCUUAUUGAUUGUAUUGUUGAUCAUUUACUCAUAUACUAUAUUUUUUCUUGUAAAUUCAUGUUUAUGAAGAAAAGGAGUCGAUUUCCUUUCAGUUGGAUACAUACAUAGUUUGAAAUGUAAAGGUUCAUUUUUUGUGAAUUAAUGAAAUGAAUUAUACUCCACUAUA